GACAGAUAAGGAUUUUUGUCGCGUUUUCAACAUUUUCAUUUUUUAUUAUCCACAACAAGGACCGCUAAAGGGAGGCGGUCACCAGUUAUCAGGGCUACCAGUUAAUCUGAAACACCGUGUGCUGGUCUGCGGCUGGUCCAUGUUAGCAGUGAGCCUCUGGAGCUGAGCAGGAAGCGGGGCUCCCUGACGUUAUAUCGACUCACGCCGGGACGAGAAGCUGUCAAACUAAUGCGUAUAACAUUGAUUCACCUCUUCCCGUCAUCGUUGAUUCAGCUGCAGCGUCACCCAAACUGUAAGCUGGUUGAUCGUUACCUGCAUGGCUGCUCACAUCAACAUUAAACCAUGAGCAUGUGACCGAAGACUGGUGUUUACUUCACAUGAUCUGGACGAGCAGAGGAGAUCCAACUCGAUAAGAGGCCAGUUACUUAUUAGUGAGCAGUUGAGAGUGAACAGCCAUGACGACAAAGACGUCCCUGCUGAAGGUCAUCCUGCUGGGUGAUGGCGGCGUCGGGAAGAGCUCCAUCAUGAACCGCUACGUCACCAACAAGUUCGACGCUCACCUCUUCCACACCAUCGGCGUGGAGUUCCUCAACAAGGACCUGGAGGUGGACGGCCACCAGGUCACCCUGCAGAUCUGGGACACUGCCGGCCAGGAGCGCUUCCGCAGCCUGAGGACUCCUUUCUACCGCGGCUCCGACUGCUGCCUGCUCACCUUCAGUGUCGACGACAACCAGAGCUUUCUCAACUUAGGCAACUGGAAGAAGGAGUUCAUCUAUUACGCAGACGUCAAGGAGCCCGAGAAGUUCCCGUUUGUCGUGUUAGGCAACAAAUUGGAUGUGACGGAGAGGCAGGUGUCGAGCGAGGAGGCUCAGCAGUGGUGCCAGGAGAACGGUGACUACCCCUAUUACGAGACCAGCGCCAAGGAUGCCACCAAUGUAGCAGUGGCCUUUGAGGAGGCGGUGCGCAGGGUGCUGGCAAUGGAUGAAAGAACGGACCACCUCAUCCCCACAGACACAGUCAAGCUCCACAGAAAGCCUCGCUCUGCCACCACUUGCUGUUCGUAACACCCAGGAGUUGUCACUAAUAUGAAUUUGCUGUUUAUGCCUGUUGUGUGAUGAGGCUGUAGGUGUGCAAUUCUGUAGUAACAUUUUAUUUAAGCAAAUUCUGCUACUGGCUUUGUGAUUUGUUAUUCUGUUGGAGGUCUGACGAUGCGUAUAGCUGGAGAGUGAAAAUGGGGAGCAACACUAACAUCAACACACUCCACUUCCAAAUUAACUCUAAAGCAUCGAUUCACAUCAGUCCAGUAUUACCUGUGAUCUCUGGAAAGCUCCACGUUCUCCUGAAAUGAUUUGAUUCUGUCAUCAAGGAAAAAAAAGGUGUCUUUGAAAUUCUGUGUUAUUUUGGGAGUGUAACCAUUAAUGGAUUUUUAAACUUCUCAAUUUUGUGCAGAAUGACGACCAAUUAAAUUUGUAUUUAGAGAAUAAUCACAUAGCUAGAAUAACUUAUACCUCUCAAUAACCUUAAUUUCUGAGAAUGAUGAAGUAACUAAAGGCACUACUUUGUAUAACUAACAACUUAAGGCUUGUUAUAACUGCACCUUUAGGCCAUGUGUGCACUUUGUAAAUAUGUUGUGGCGACGUGCAGGAAGCACCGAGGGCCAAGCGCCCCACCCGAAAAUAAACAUUGAAGCAAACUUACAGUGCAUGAUAUUUAAGUUUCUGGGAACAUUUUGUAAACUGUUUUUACCUUAAAGAAAAUCACGAGUCAAGAAGAGCCUCUGCUGGAUGAAAGUGUAAUGAAGUUUUCAUGACUGAGUGAUUGUUUUCCUCACUGCUGUUUUUUUCCUUCCUUUUUUUUCUGUCCUUCCGAAUACUUAGCUUUUUUUUUUUUUUUUUUUUUUUUACACUUACAAAUCAUUCUAAUACAAUAGUGAAUCGGUCAUUGAUCUUCAGUGUUUCAGGUUUCAUUAAUGGUCAAAACUGUACUACUGGAAUGUCAAAGGAUAAAUAAACCCCUGAGAACUG